CGCUGCUUUUGACCGCCCCGUGUAUUUGUUGAAGAGUAGAUGUUCCCCAGCUGUGGAGCCAAACUUGUUUCUCGCGUACUUCGUACUCUUGUUCAGGACCCGCAGCAUCGUCAUAUCGUCCUGCGCAACGCCCGUUGCUAGGUAAACAGCUGCCGUGCACUCUACAAUUCCCACCAAACGCAACGGGUUUCACAUUGCCGCGAUACGACAAUCGCAUUCGAGCGAUCAACAAAGUCACGUUUGACUUGCUGGGCCAUCCAUCUUCACGCGUGUUUGGGCAGUGGAGUCGGUGUUCGCAGCAUCCGCGAGUUGAUUGAAGGCGCAGCAGCAAAGCAACCGGCAUCAUGUCUGGCUACAACCGACUAGACGAGGACCAUUACGAAAUGGAUCCACGCCGUCCAGGUCCCGGGAGAACACCCUCUCCAGGACACCCACUCGCUGGCUACCAGCUCGAAGACAACUAUGGCUCGCACGCUGGACCUCUGGAGAUCCCCAUGGGACCCAACACGAUACAUCCAGCAGCUUCAGGAGACAGACUUCCUCUGCAGCCAAGUUACUCAGUAGAGAACAUUCCCUACGCUGGAGGAAACUAUCACGACGACUACGACCCGCGACCGCAACGGCAUGACAGCGACUACUCUCUCGACCCUCAAGCGCACCAUGAUGCAUACUACAACCAGCCUUACGAUCCCACACCGCACGAUGAGAGCCCUCACCAGGGUUACGGCACACAGCCAGACCACUACUGGCAAGACGAGCAGGAUGGCAGGCCGAUGCUGACAGGCGCCAGUUCGUACGGCCCAGAUCCACACGAUUUGGAUGACCAGGAUCCCGAGAACCCGUUUCAAGACGAGCUCAUCCAGCACACUCCAAGUCCGGCACCUAUCAAGCGAUGGAAGACGGUUAAGGAAGUCCAGCUAUUCAAGGGUAACUUGGUACUCGAUUGUCCAAUUCCUCCGCGACUACUCAAUCAGGUUCCACAUGCACAGCCCCCGGAGCGUGACGAGUUCACACAUAUGCGCUACUCGGCCGCCACUUGUGAUCCUGCGGACUUUGACGCAGAGCGCUUCACCCUGCGCCAGAAGCUGUUCGCAAAGCCCAGGCACACAGAGCUGUUCAUCGUCGUUACUAUGUACAACGAAGAGGACGAGCUGUUUGCGCGAACCAUGAUGGGUGUCAUCAAGAAUAUCGAGUACAUGAACUCACGAACCAACAGCAAGACGUGGGGCAAGGACGCGUGGAAGAAGAUUGUAGUGUGCGUCGUCAGCGAUGGACGUGCAAAGAUCAACCCGCGAACGAGAGCUGUGCUAGCUGGUCUUGGUGUAUACCAGGACGGCAUUGCCAAGCAGCAAGUCAACGGCAAGGAUGUUACUGCGCAUAUUUACGAAUACACCACACAAAUGACUCUUGACAUCAAGAAGGGUGUAGUCGGUGUCAAGAAGGGCAACACUCCUGUUCAGAUGCUUUUCUGUCUCAAGGAAAAGAACCAGAAGAAGAUCAACUCGCAUCGAUGGUUCUUCCAGGCUUUUGGUACCGUUCUGGACCCGAACAUCUGUGUUCUUAUCGAUGCUGGAACCAAGCCUGGAAAGGACUCGAUCUACCAGCUAUGGAAGGCUUUUGACCUUGAGCCCAUGUGCGCAGGCGCUUGCGGUGAGAUCAAAGCUAUGUUGGUACACGGCAAGAAGCUUCUGAACCCGCUUGUGGCCACCCAGAACUUUGAAUACAAGAUGAGCAACAUCUUGGAUAAGCCACUGGAAUCAGCCUUUGGUUUUAUCACUGUCCUUCCUGGUGCUUUCUCUGCCUAUCGCUAUGUCGCUCUUCAGAACGACAAGACUGGGCAGGGACCACUGGAGAAGUACUUCGCCGGCGAGAAGAUGCACGGUGCGAACGCCGGUAUCUUCACAGCCAAUAUGUAUCUGGCGGAAGAUCGUAUUCUCUGUUUCGAGCUGGUCUCCAAGAGGAACUGCCACUGGAUCCUGCAAUACGUCAAGUCUGCCAACGGUGAGACUGACGUACCCACCACAAUGGCAGAAUUCAUCGGUCAGCGUCGUCGUUGGCUGAACGGCUCCUUCUUCGCUGCUGUCUACGCUCUGGCCCACUCGUUCGACAUUUUCCGCAGUGACCACACGGCCAUUCGCAAGGCGAUGUUCCUCGUCGAAUUCGUCUACCAAACCAUCAGCAUGAUCUUCGCCUGGUUUGGUCUCGGUAACUUCUUUCUGGUCUUCCACAUCCUCACCAACUCCCUGGCUGGUCAAAUCGGCACUGCCGGUAAAGUUUUGUUUGUCAUCUUCGAGUGGCUUUACAUCGCCGUACUGAUAACGUGUUUCAUUCUCUCGCUCGGUAAUCGACCGCAAGGUUCGAACAAGUGGUAUAUGUCUAUGGUAUACUUCUGGUGUAUCAUCAUGACAUACCUCAUGUUUGCAUCUAUAUACAUCACGGUUAAGUCGAUCCAGGGGGUGGUCAACAAACCAGAGGGCUUCAGCUUCGCCGACGUCUUCAAGGACACGAUCUUCUUCAACCUGAUCGUCUCUUUGGCCUCGACAUAUCUCAUGUGGUUCAUUGUCUCAUUCCUGUUCUUUGAUCCAUGGCAUAUGUUCACCUGUUUCAUCCAGUACCUGCUGAUGACACCGACGUACAUCAACAUUCUCAACGUCUACGCUUUCUGCAACACGCACGACAUCACCUGGGGAACCAAGGGAGAUGACAAGCCGGAGAAGCUACCCUCGGUUACCACCAAGGCCGACGGAAAGGCAGACAUUCAAGCUCCGACAGACGAUGCUGACCUGAACACCAUGUACGAGAAUGAAUUGCGGGUCUUCAGCACGAAGUGGAAGGAAGAGAAGAAGGUUCAGUCGGCGUCGGAUAAGCAGGAAGACUACUACAAGGGUUUCCGAUCUGGUGUCGUUCUAUUCUGGAUGUUCUGCAAUCUGGGUCUCACUGCCGUUGUACUGCAAUCUGGCGGUUUGGAAGUAACAGUUGCAGAAGCAGACCAGAACGCUAAACAGACCCAAGUUGCCAAUAUCUACUUGGGAGUCGUACUGUGGAGUGUCGCUGGUCUCGCAGCGUUCCGUUUCAUUGGAGCCGUGUGGUUCCUGAUUGUGCGCAUGUUCCGAGGUGUAUAAGUCAAGUAGUCAAGUGACGGCGACCCCUCUGGUGUUUGGCGCAUGUUGGGUAUGUAUAGUACGAUGGUUUCCAGCCUGUCAUGUACACUGUGCGGCGGGCACGAUCUGAUCUGAUGGUAUGAUGGCGUUUUUGUCUGUUGUAUAUGAGCUUCAUGACUUGUUACCAGCAUUAUACCUCGAUAGUGCGCUGUCUUGUGUUCAAUAGCACAACCUUCUUGUUCUUCUGUCUUCCAACAUCUUCCAUGUUCGUCUCUUCGACAUCGCUCUCUCACUGUUUGCUCUUGCA